AUGAUUUCCUUCAUUGCUGCUAUAAAUGAAGAAGGUCAAGGUGUAUACAGUCGUCCAUGUGAACCAGUUCCUAUCAAAGAUCCAUAUGAUGUUCCAACUCAACCAAGACCAAUUGAUAUAAAUGAAUUAAUCAAUACAUCAUGUGUUCUUACUUUAAUAAUUAAGAAUAUUGUUUUUUCUAAAUCAACUAGCUGCUUUCCAUGUUUGUUUCAAUAA